CCUAACUCAGAUCGCAGAAAGGAAAUCAUGUCAAACAGCAGCAGUGACAGCUCCUUCGAUAUCGAGGAGCUCCUACAGAUUGGGUCAAGAUGCAGAGAGCUUAAGAAAGAAAAAGACAUGUUGAAAGAAUCACAAUCCCAAAGCUUCGGGCUGAUCAGGAGUUUGGAUGUACAUAUGAAGUCAUUAUCUGAAUUCCACACAGAAGACAAGAAACAAAUUCAAAUGUUAGAGAAAGAACUCAAAAACUGCUCUCAAGAAAUAGAUUACCUUCAGGAUCAACUAAAUGCGAGAGACACAGAAGUGAAUCUUCUGCAAGAGCAUGUACAUAGCCUUGAGUUGAAAUUAGCAGACAUGGAGACUUUACAGGUGACAGUUGACAGGUUAAGGGAUGAACUGAAGAAGUCCUAUUCAGAGUGCUUGUUCUUAAUGCAAGAACUGGAAAACAAAGAAGUGGAGUUACAGAAUUCAAAUUUAUUCAUAGAGAAACUGGAGGAGUCCGUUUCAUCCAUAUCAUUAGAGUCUCAGUGUGAAAUAGAGAGUAUGAAGCUUGAUAUGUUAGCCUUGGAGCAGAGUUUCCUUGAAGCUAAAAAAAUCCAGGAAGAAACUGUUCAAGAAAAAACUAGGAUGAAUGAGUUAAUUCAAGAACUUGAGGUUCAAUGUCAGGAUGCUCAGAAAACUACUGAUGACUUAUAUAUAGAAAAUAAGGAACUAAGGGAGAAGCUUGAUACCUCAGAGACAAAUACCAGGAUCUUUUGUCAGAGGAUUGAAAAGUGGCUGGAAAACGAUAGAUAUGAAUCCAAGUUAGAGUCUUUGUUGAAUGAGCAAGAUGAAAAGUGCACAUUUUCAACAGAUAUGAGCACUUGUGGAGAAGUAUUGGAGCCCCUUUUUUCCAAACUGGCAAAGGUACUGGCACCAGAUGCCAAUUUCAUAGUGAAGAUGAAGGAGAUGUCACAUCAGAUACAUGAAUAUGAACUUCUUGUGAAGCAACUAAAGGAAGAACUGAGAGAAGAAAAGUUGAAGGCAAAAGAAGAAGCUGAGGAUCUGGCUCAAGAAAUGGCUGAGCUCAGAUACCAACUUACAGGCUUGCUUGAAGAAGAGUGUAAGCGUCGUGCUUACAUUGAACAAGCAUCUCUACAAAGAAUUUCUGAGUUAGAAGCACAGGUUCAUAAAGCACGGACAAAAUCCUCUACAUGUCUCCUCAGUCUUGAUGAAUGAUAGUGGUGGAUGGUCAUCAGUUGUGAAAUUUAAUUAAUAGAAGUCCAUAAGGCGUGCUAUAAGACAAUUCCAGAUUUGAGUGAUUUGGUGAAGGCUAUGCUUAGGAGGACGGCUGGCUUUCAUUCAACCUGCAGCUCUUUCAGCUACAAGUGCAGAGAAAUCCUGGGACAAAAAACUGACAUAGAUGACGCAGGUCAGUCUCCCAAUGGAACACAACUUAAGAUUGAGAUGAAACUUAUUUUUGUCGAGAAUCUCCAACAGGGUGAUGGUAGCUAGAUUGGAUUUGAUGAAACCCAUUCAAAGAAAAAAAAAAAAACGAAAACAAAGAAGAAGCAAGACUUCCAAUUGAAUGUGAUGAAUCACAUUAGUGAAUUCAGUGAUAGGCUUAGAAUUUUGAGAAAGCAAGAUGUAUGCGACA